AUGAACAAGGAGCCGAGACGUAGAAAGUCCACCGCCCGACCAUCUUCGCAUCUAGUUAUGACCUUCACCUACCACUUUGCGCGCUACCUGCGUCAGGAGUCCUAUUCCAUCGGUGUCGUGCCAGAAGCGACCGUGCCAGAAGCGACCCGUGCCGCUAGCGACCCAACAAUUUUCUACCGUGCCGCUAGCGACCCAAGAAUUUGGAGCGGGAGGCGAGAUGAGGAGACGGAAAAGGAGGAAGAAAAGGAGAAGGAGGAGAAAGAGAAGGAGAAAGAAAAGGAGGAGGAGAAGGAGGAGAAGGCGAUAGAGGAGGAGAAGGGGGAAGAAGAGGAGAAGAAAGAGAAGAAGGCGGAGAAGGUGGAGAAGAAAGAGAAGAAGGAAGAAAAUGAGAAGGAGUAG